AUGAACCGAUUGAUAGUUCAGAGUUUGAAGCGUCUGAGUAGUUCCUGGGUAUCGAUAUCAACCUUUCGCAAUGCCCGUCGGUUGCAUGUCAAUAUCAGCGCCGGGGAGAGAGGCAAGUGUGAAAAAUCCGACAAAGACAGUAGUUACCCGAUGAUCGACCAUUGCUACGACUGUGUGAUUGUCGGGGCUGGUGGCACCGGUCUUCGUACUGCUUUCGGUCUUGGCUCAAAAGGUUAUCGCGUAGCAGUUAUUACUAAACUCUUUCCCACACGAUCACAUACCGUGGCUGCCCAGGGUGGCAUAAACGCAGCUAUCGGCAAUCACGAGCCAGACAACUGGCUCUGGCACAUGUAUGACACUGUCAAAGGCUCCGACUGGCUUGGGGACCAAGAUGCGAUCCACUUUCUGUCCCGAGAGGCACCCAAGGCUGUCUUUGAACUCGAAAACUAUGGAUGUGCGUUUAGUCGUACGAAGGAAGGAAAGAUUUACCAACGAGCAUUCGGUGGUCAGUCAUUGAAGUUCGGUAAAGGUGGUCAAGCUCACCGUACUUGCGCUGUGGCAGAUCGUACUGGUCACGCCGUCCUCCAUACUCUCUAUGGUCAGAGCCUCCGUUUCGACGUGCAUUACUUUGUUGAAUAUUUUGCUCUCGACUUACUGAUGCACGGUGACUGCUGCUUGGGAGUCUUGGCCUAUGAGCUGGAGACGGGUCAGAUGCAUCGGUUCAGAGGCCACCAAACUAUCAUCGCUACGGGGGGUACUGAAAGAUGUUACUUCUCAUGUACGGCGGCACACUCUUGCACCGGUGACGGAAUGGCAAUGAUUUCGCGAGCUGGGAUACCUCUUCAAGACAUGGAAUUCGUGCAGUUCCAUCCAACCGGAAUCUAUGGAAGUGGAGUCCUUGUCACCGAGGGUGUAAGGGGUGAAGGUGGAUACUUGAUAAACUCAUCAGGAAAGCGUUUUAUGGCUGAGUACGCGCCUGUCGCCAAGGACCUGGCAUCGAGGGAUGUCGUUUCCAGAGCGAUGACACUCGAAAUACUUGACGGAAGAGGUGUGGGGCCCCAGAAAGAUCACCUUUACCUGCAGCUCUCGCAUCUACCUCGAGAAGUAAUCGAAAAACAGCUACCGGGCAUUUCCCAUCUGUCCUGGGUUUUCGCUGGCGUUGAUGUAACGAAGGAACCAAUACCGGUUAUACCUACAGUGCAUUAUAACAUGGGAGGGAUCCCGGGUAACUACAGGGCCCAGGUUCUCACGCGAGAAAACGAGCAUGACAGAGUAUUGGACCGUUUGUGGGCCGCUGGUGAAACCGCAUGCGUAUCCGUUCACGGUGCUAAUCGUCUCGGAGCCAACAGCCUCAUCGAAACGUUGGUCUUUGGUAAAGCCAUCGCGGAUAAUAUAGACUGCAUGAUGCGCCCCGGUGAACGUCAUAUGGAUCUUGCUCCCGAUAUUGGACAGCAGUCCAUUUGUCGCUUCGACGCGACCCGUUACAGCCAGGGCAACAUCACCGUGGCAACUUUGCGGGAAGAAAUGCAACGCACUAUGCAUAAAUACGCCUCCGUAUUCCGUACUUGCGAUAUCCUUCAGCGUGGCUGUCGAGAAAUGACUCGAUUGUAUACGUGUGAUCUACCGAACCUUUGCGUGCAAGAUACCUCCUUGAUAUGGAAUACCGAACUGGUAGAAGCCUUGGAGUUGCAAAAUAUGAUGCUUAACUGCAUGCACAUUAUCUACGCUGCAGAAAAUCGGAAAGAAUCGCGAGGAGCUCACGCGAGAGAAGAUUUCAAGGAACGAAUCGACGAGUACGAUUACUCCAAGCCCUUGGAGGGGCAGAAAAAACUUCCUAUUGAGAAACAUUGGCGCAAACAUACUCUGACUUGGGCCCAGGACGACGGUUCUAUAUGCAUUACCUACCGGCCGGUAAUUGACACCACUCUGGACGAGAGUGAAGCGGAACAUGUGCCACCAGCAGUACGUAGUUACUAACAAGGUUGGCGUUAACCCGGCAUAAGGUCUAGAUAUGCAUAUACAUAGUUGCAUAAACCGGUUCAGAUUAACCGAUGAUAAAUCAAAAAAGUGCAACUGAUAAUCAACUCGUUCCAAGAUUCUAAGGACUAUACGUGUGAAUGCAGGUUGAUAAACUAUAUACGAGUAAAUAAUUUCCAGUUGUAUCUAUACCGCGAUUUAGUUUGUCCUUGGUACGUAUUGUACCUACUAUGCUUUUUCCCCGUGUUGACUUUACGGUCAUAAUUCGUGGUGUAACAAAAUGAAUUCCUUUCACAAUUCGAUAGUUUAUUCUUGUCGCUUACUUACGUUUCGUAGAAUUUCACCUAUACCUACUUUUUAUAUAAAUAAAAACAUGCACGUAUAUCUCGAGUGUCGUAUCAGGAAAGUGGUAUAAGCGUGAGUAAACAGCUGCAACUUAUACCGGAUGGAAAAAUAUUAUUCACAGACAUCAUGUUUACACGUAUUUAUUUUAUUCAUACGAUUGUUUAAAUCGAUCGAGCUUAUGAAUAUUCAAAUAAAAUUCGUUGGUUUAUACUGUCUUCAAACUUAACUCCCUGGAUUUUACGGUAAUGCGAGAAGUUAGUAAAACAAAAGCGUAAGUGAAAUACACAACCCAAACUAUAUUAUGUUCGCUUUAAAUUCGACACAUUGAAUACCGAGUCGGCGCUAUUUUUAACCCGUGUUAGCGUGUGCCGUCCGAAAAUGAAACGCCGUGGUACGAACCGAAAAGAAUACGAGAAUUCGAUUCCCUGUUAGGUUUUAGUCGAAUACCAUGUUUCCUCAACAUUUAUCACAGCAGGUCGUUCUCGGUGAUUGUAUUUUCCUGUAACUGGCUGGCGCGUACGGCGCUGGCGCGAACGUCGGUUAUAAGUUUGCAGUAUGGGGCUUGGAACGAAGAACGUAACGUUAGAUCUUUGCUGCAAUAAUGCUUCGACGAAUAACAAAGCAUCGAUAUCUAGCUGCGGUAAAU